AUGUCCAAGUACGUUCCUCGUCAGAGGAAGCACAAAGUGCUCGCCCGUGAGCGGGCAAAAGAAAAUGCUCAGCAUGAAGUCCAAGACACCAACCAGGACGAGCUGCUCCCAACAGCAAAGGCUGAUCGCGAGGCCAAGAAGGCCCAAUUGAAGGCCGAACUUCGCCAAGAGGGCGGGAAGAUGAGCGCAAAGAAGGCCAAGCGUCAAGAAAAGUACAUUGAAGGCAAGCUGCGCAAGGACGAGAACCGCGAGCUUCUGGCCAAACUUGCAGAGGAACAGGUCGACACCAGCUUGUUCGCCAGCAGUCGCGUCAUGGGGCGUGGUCGCGAAACCAAGAAAGAGGCUCAGCGGAGGGCUAUGAGAGAGGAGAAGGCCGGCCUAGAGGGAGGCAAAGAAGAGAGAGAGAAGAUUCUGUUUGAAAAGAGAAAGGAGAGGAACGUGGACGAAGUUGACUGGAGCGACGAGAGCGACGAGAGUGACGCAUCUGAAGAGGAGUCAAAACCGUCGAAAGCUACAACCUCAGCGACAUUGGUAGCAUCCGCGCCCCAAGAGCUCUCAGAAUCGAAACCAGCGACCGCCCCAUCCAUCGGCUCAGGUCUCAAGCGACCGCUCGAAGUCGACGACGAAGGAAAGCCCGUGAUCAAGAAGCGACAGAAGCGCGGUGGAGUGAAGUCGAAAUUUUCAAUCGCCCCUGUCGAAGCACCGCAGCCUGAGUCGGAGGAGUCAGAUGAGGACACAAGCGACAGCGACGGCGGCGACAGCGACGAGUGGAACGGAUUCAGUGACGACGAAGCCUCGAAAAAAACACGCGACGAACAAGGUAGCCAAAGUGAAGAUGGUGAAGAAGAAGAAGACGAAGAUGAAUCAAGCGAGGAAUCAGACGACGACUCUGACGAGGACAUGGAGGAUGGUUCCGAGAACAAAGCGCAAAGAUCAUCCGCUUUCAAGGCCUGGGCGCAUCAGGCGCGAAACCAAGCCCUCGGAUACCAAUCGAUCGAAGGAACAACGACCAAUCUAGAAAUCCCCAAACCAGACAAUUUCGUCCCUCGAGCACCCGAGCAAGAUCCUCUACCUAUGGAGCUGCAACCAACACAAAAUACCGACCGAAAGGUAUACAGCGUUUCGGUCACCAGAACACUAGAGAUCCAGGAAGCUCGCCUCAAACUUCCCGUGGUUUCAGAGGAGCAAAGGAUAAUGGAAGCGAUUCACAACCAUAACAUUGUAGUUAUAUGUGGUUCUACAGGUUCCGGAAAGACUACCCAAAUCCCUCAGUUUCUGUACGAGUCGGGAUAUGGUUCUCCUGAUGGUCCCACGCCUGGUCUUAUCGGCAUUACGCAACCCCGUCGAGUCGCUGCAGUCAGUAUGUCGAAGCGAGUUGCUGAGGAACUUGGCGACAAAUCUGGAGCGGUUGCUUAUCAGAUUCGUUUUGAGGGCACGGUCAAGCCUGAAACUUCCAUCAAGUUCAUGACUGAUGGUGUGUUGAUGCGUGAGGUUGCACAGGACAUCACCCUCAAGAAAUACUCCGCCAUUGUUAUUGACGAAGCUCACGAAAGAAGCGCCAACACGGAUAUUCUUAUUGGUAUGCUCAGCAGAGUUAUCAAGCUUCGAGCCGAGUUGGCGGCGGAGGAUUCCACAAUGAAGCCCCUGAAGCUCAUCAUCAUGUCGGCCACGCUACGAAUUGAGGAUAUGACCAUGAACCCGACACUCUUUGCCACGCCACCUCCUGUCCUCGAAGUUGAGGGUCGACAACAUCCCGUUACGAACCAUUUCUCUCGAAGGACGCAACAUGAUUAUGUCGAGGAGGCGUUCCGAAAGAUCAGCAGAGGCCACAAGAAGCUGCCACCUGGUGAUAUUUUGGUGUUUUUGACUGGCCGUAAUGAGAUCCUCCAGCUCAGCAAGCAGCUCAAGACGGCAUUCGGCGGUCCCAAGUCCGCAGAUGGCCCCAAAGUACAGAUCAACGCUAAUGACGCUCCUCUUGAAGUUGAGGACAUCGAGUUUGGAGAUGUGGAUGAUCGAAAUGGUGACGGUGACGGUGAUGACUUUGACGAGAUAAUCACAGAUGACGAGGAUGAAGAGGAGGAUGAAUUUAAGAUUGAGGAAGAUCAAGAAGCCGCGCCUCUCAAGAUGCGAGUUCUGCCUCUCUAUUCCCUGCUACCAACACGAGAGCAGAUGAGAGUCUUUGAGCCAGCACCUGAAGGCACACGAAACAUCAUCUUGGCUACCAACGUGGCGGAAACUAGUUUGACCAUUCCCGGCAUUCGCUACGUCUUCGACUGUGGACGUUCCAAAGAGCGACAGUACGAUCGCCUGAGUGGUGUUCAGAGCUAUGGCAUCGGCUGGAUCAGUCAGGCCAGUGCAAGCCAACGAUCUGGUCGUGCUGGUCGUACCGGCCCUGGUCACUGUUACAGGCUCUAUUCCUCUGCGGUUUACGAGCGAGAUUUCCCCGAGUUCACAGAUCCUGAGCUGUUGAGAAUGCCCCUUGAAGGCAUUGUGCUACAGCUAAAGGCCAUGAACCUGCAACACGUUGUCAAUUUCCCCUUCCCUACACCACCAGAUCGACGCGCUCUUGCCAAGGCCGAGAAGCUUCUGACAUAUCUUUCUGCUGUUGACUCCAACGGAAAGGUCACCCGAAUCGGUCAAACAAUGUCCGUGUUCCCUCUCUCCCCCAGGUUCGCCCGUAUUCUAUUGGUUGGGCAUCUCGAAGAUUGCAUCCAAUAUGCAAUCGCUCUAGUUGCCGGUCUAUCAGUGGCGGAGAUCUUCCUUCCAGAGAACCAAGCCAUUCCACAGCUGGCAGAAAAGGAUGACAAUGCUAUUCGAACAACAGCCGACGUUCAAGCAGAGAGCCAUCAGGCCAACGUUCGAAAAAUGUUCAACGAAGUCCAUAAGAAUUUCUGCUUCUUGGACGACAAAUCGGAUGCCAUGAAGAUUUUGCAAGUUGUGGCAGAAUUUGCCCACGAGCCUACUGAGGCGUGGUGCGAGAACCAUUUCGUUCGGUUCAAGGUGCUCAAGGAAGCUCAGCAAUUGCGUCGACAGAUUACAGAACUACUGAGAGUCAACGUGCCGGCUUUCGCCAACCUCAGGUACCAAGACCAGCUGGAUGCCCCGACUCCCAGGCAGGUGGGUGCACUCAAACAGAUGGUUGCACAAGGAUUUAUCGACCAGGUCGCCAUUCGAGCAGAUCUCACACCAAACCCUCCUGAGCAUUACCGUAAGCCACGCCGGUCAAUCGACGUGCCUUAUGUCCCCUUGAUGCCUAUCCACGUCGGCGAAGAUGUUGAGAGUGACCGUUCAGUGUAUAUCCAUCCUACUUCUCCUCUCGCCCAUAUCAGCAUGCAAGAGUGCCCCGAUUACAUCGUCUACUCCCAGCUUCAACGGGCUACACAGCUAGUCGACUCAACGAAGCGACCCAAGACAAGAAUGCAUGCUCUCACAGAUGUCGCCGGCAGCCAUUUGACCAUGCUGGCCAAGGGUACGCCUCUUAUCACUUAUAGCAAGCCUAUGAAGGAACUCAAAACAGAGGGUGCUACAGUGAGGGAGUGCGUUGUUGUUCCUUAUUUGAGAGCCGAGGGUACGGGUGGCCAAGGCUGGCCUCUGCCUCAGAAGAAGGUGAAGCAGAGAAGGGUGCCCGGCAAGGGGUGGGUUGUGGAGUAA